AUGAAGAUGUCUGUCUUGCUUGCAAACGUUUUGACGUUGAUGACUGUUGGGGUAUUUCAAACUCUGCUAGCCGUCUGUCCUCCCGGCUGGUUGGCCUGGCAAGACGCCUGUUACAUCUUGCUGCCUGACAAGAUGGGUGGGUGGCAAGCUAAGGAGGUUUGUGAUCGGCCCGGGAGCAGCCCGGUCGUUCCUGACUCGCAGGAAGAACAAGACUUUAUCUGGCGGGAAAUGAAGCCGAGAAUGCAGGAAUUUGGCGCCAAUACCACAAGUGACUUGGAACUGUGGAUUGGAUGCUACGGUGUUGGCGCAGGGAUGCUUGGGUGCUACGGUGUCGAUUGGGAACCCAAAUACAUUAACUGGGCAUCUAAUGAACCGGGAAAUAAUUUUCACGUUUGUGUAGGAAUGGCUGGGAAUUUCAACGGUCAGUGGGAAGACGGUGAUUGCAGUGAGUUGAAAUACGCCGUUUGUGAGAUGCGCGCCUCUCGUGUCUCGUUCUGCAUGCCGACCGAUGGUGACGGCCAUUGCCCGCCACACUGUCUGCUCAACCACGGGAUCAAGAACCUGACGACCGGAGUUACCGGAUGUGCCUGGGCAUGCUGGGAAGAGCCUCGAUGCCACUCCUUCAAUUUCUGGCAGAAGAAGGAAGAAAACGCGGGAAUCUGUCAGCUCAACAGUGCACCUCGCCUGCAGGCCGCUGCCGAAGAUUUCAAGUACGUGGAGGACUGCUACUUCUACGAAAUGUAACAAAAUACUGCAAACACUUGAAAAUAAUUUGAGAGAUUUCUUCGUAUUUAAAUUUUAGGUAUCGCAUCGGUAGGUGCAUAGCUUGAG